GGCGUUUCAGAGGGUUGCACACGCGCCCUUGACUUCCUACUAGGAGGUGAUAUCCGAGUAAACAGCCGUAAGGUCACAAUAAUUGCGACUUGAAGGAUAAUCCAGCUGCCAUGGGGUUCGUUCCAGAGGAGGCGAAAGGCCUUCCUCCCCCCGGGAUCGUGAACAGGGCGUCGGUGUGGCUGGCCGGCGUGGGCUGGAUGACCGCCAUGCUGGAGAACGGCAUGAGACACCGGCCCCCGCUCAAAGCAGGUGUGCACCGCCAAAUCCUCCUGGCAACAAUUGGCUGGUUUGUCGGCUACCACCUUACAAAACAUGAAAUUUACACUUAUGCGAAACUGGAUCGAGAUAUGAAUGAGUACGUCAGACUCCAUCCAGAGACAUUCAAAGAAAAGGAAAAAAAGACCUUGGCGGAGCUUGUCCAACCUUUCCAUCCUGUGCGCUAAGUGUCCACAGCUGCUGAGACGGAAAAGUAGAGGGAGAGAGCGAACACAGACCCUCAUGUCUUGAGCAGGCCUUUUGCGAAAUCUGUCAUUUGUCUAUUGUAUUAAGUAAAGGUAUGUAAAUAAAAUAAUAAUAAUCAA